GUGUAUUUAUCAAAAUAUAUGAUUCAAACUUCAAAUUCAAAAGAUGAAAAAUGAAUGGGAAAUAAACUAGUGUUGUAAAACUAACUGCUUGUCAGAAAUUCAAAAUUCUUUUUCCGUUACAGGGAAUUUUUUGCAUUUUAAAAUAAUUAAAUUAAAACAGCUUUUAUAAAUUACUUUUAUCAAAAGAAAACAAAACUAAAACUUUGUUUAAUUCCAAGCUAUAAAUCAAGAGCGAUUGUCAUAGGAAUAAUCGUUAAAAUAGUGGAUUUUUUCAUAUGUUUUCAAUUUACAAAUCAGUUGCAACAGUUUAUAAAUUUACCCACUUCAUGGCCACCGACUAACCCACUCCCACCAACUGCGACAUACUCGGCCAUCAAUAAAAAUCCCCUCGAGAGCGAAAGUAAUUCGCUAAACGCCAAAUAUUCUCUUCGUAAUUCCCAUGUCGACAUUAUGGAGAAAUCAACUAGGCCAAAAAGGAAUCGUCGUCACAGCAGACGUGCCUGGCCACCAGAAGAUGAACUGCAUCCUCCAACCCGUGCCGCCAAGCGUCUGUUUACACCGGACAUCAAACGAAUGUUAAAGGAUUGGCUCAUAAGGCGCCGGGAGAACCCGUAUCCCAGUCGGGAAGAAAAGAAACAACUGGCAGCUGAGACUGGUCUAACCUACACCCAGAUAUGCAACUGGUUCGCCAACUGGCGGAGAAAAUUAAAGAACUCGGAGCGAGAAAAAGCCAAGAAAUCGUGGGGUCAUCUAAUCAAAAAUUACAACCACAAUGCCAGGGGAAAUGUUGAGCAGUUUAGCAUCUCAUCGGAGGACAGUAUUUGGGAGGAGGAGAUGCGCUCGUGCCCGGCGGAGGACGAAGACAACGACUACGAUGAUGAUGAGUUGUCGAGCCACAGCACUGGCAGUGAUGGAAAUGCCAACAAUGCAUCCACAUCUGCGUAUAAACCAAACUUUUAUGUUGAAUCUGCGGAUCUGGGAGAAAGGAUUCCUCUCCUGCCCACUGUGGCAGCGGGAAAAGCCAAGUAUAAGCACCAGAUGAUGGAGAAGUACCUGCGCGAUAGCUCUACAGUGGAGGAUGAAGUCCCAAAGCCUGCUACCCAACUCAAUAAAUGGCUCGAAAGUGCAGCCAAGUUUACACCAGAUCGGAAUCAUUACCACAUUGAGUGGAAUACGAAUAGGCAAAAAAUGAAUGGCACUAAUGGACAGGAUCGACAUAACCAGAACCAAGUGAUCUUCACCAGCGAUGCAACGGCAGCGGCGGCUCUCGAUGAUCGCUGGAUGCUGCACCAUAAGGACGAACUCGAUGCCGCUGAAGCUCUGGCCAACAUGGCCUUCAACUGUAGACAACGCUGGCACCAUCAAACCACCACGAUCAGCUCCUGAGCACCACCGAAGAGUCGCUGCAAC